AUGAUAAAGAAAAUUUUAUUAAUAAUCCUAACAUUGGUGAUAAUAAAUAGCUUUUCAACAAUAAAUAAUUUAAUAAUUGGGGUUGAAGGACAGUUUCAAUUGUAUGAUAUUACAAAUCAAGAAGAAGGUGCUUAUAAUAGAUACCCAGAUUCAACAAAUCAAAAAAUUUGUUCAUAUGUUUUUUCGAUUGCAAUAGUUGAUUACUCGAAUAGUGGGGCAACUUUGAAUGUUUUCACCAAUGAUACAGAUGCAAUGGUCUAUCAAAUCAUUAGGAAAGAAUAUGGAGGAAUUGCCACAGUUAUAGUUAAAAAUAAAACACCAAAUACUUAUACAUUAUUAAUAAAUGCAACAUUGCAAAAUGGUCAAAAUAUUUAUAAGAAUAUCUCAAUAACUUAUUCUUGUGAAUAUAUCCCUCGAGAAUUGAUGAAGGUCAAUGUUUUAACAAGUAACAAUUAUAAAUUUACAAUUAAUCCUUAUACAACAUUAAUACACUUUACAGGUUUAAAAUAUCAAAUAUCUUAUCUAAAUGUUUCAAGUCCUUCUUGGAUAAACAUAAAUAAUUUUUAUUCAAAUUUAUUAUAUGUUAGUGUAGAUUUUAAUAAAUAUAAUUUUGUACCAGAGUCUAAUAUAUCAAUACUUUUCUUGGAUAGUUCAGAUCAACAAUAUACUGUGAAUAUUACAAUUCCUUUUUUUUAUUUUUCAAAAAUGAAUGUAGAAGAAAAGGAUAUUACAUUCAAGAUCUAUCCAAACCAAACCGAUGUUACAGUACUUGGAGUUAAUUGUUCACCAGUUUACUCUAUUACAUUAAAUGAAACCAUUGAAUAUGAUCCAUUAUUUAUUGAAGAUGUUUCACGUCGUAUGCCUACUCCAUCAUAUGAAAUACCAGGAAAAGGUACAACAUUCAUUGGUUAUGUUUAUACACAAUAUUCUAUUUUCGCACAAAUUAAUAACUCAUUAACAACAAUUUAUAGUAACCCAAAUUUAAAUGUUUCAAAAAACUUUAAUUUUACAUUUCCAAAUGUCAUUGUUGAACCAGUAUCAUUACCUUUAAUAUUAAACUCAACAAUGUUUUCAUUUGGGUUCACUUCAAGUUUUCAGUAUGCAAUUUUUCCAUUUUAUUUUAGAUGGAAUUUAGGUUUUCAAUAUAUCUUUAGUUGGCCAUUUGGGUUUGAAAGUGGUCAAAAUUCAAACUAUUCUUUAAAAGUAUCAUUUUUAAAACCCACGUAUUCGCCAAACAAUUUUGGUUUAUUGACCUUUAAUAAUGAAAAUUUUAUUAUUCAAAUAGACAAUACGAUAAAUUCAUCAUUACUACCAUUAGAAUUAGAAUCAUGUAAAGUUAUAUACCUUUUUGAACAAUUUCAUUUAUUAAUAAUUAAAAUAAAACCAACAUAUAAAGAGAUUGGUUAUAAUCUUUUCAUUCAAAUUAAUGAUGAUGCAAAUGCAAUAUAUAGACAAGAAUCAUUGGUAGAUGCUGAAAAUAAUAUAUAUGAAAUUGUUUAUGAUUUUAAAGGGCGUGGAUUUUCAGUUUUAUCUAUUGGAGAUUCAACUUUUAAAAAGAGUCAAGUUUAUUAUGUAAAUAGUUAUUUUUCAAUUAAUCCAUUUUCAGUUAUAGAUUAUAAAGCUCCAACAAUAUUACCUGUUUUAAUAGAAAAUAUUACAUUUUUAAAAAAUUAUAUUGAUGUGGCAAAUAAAUCAGUUGAUAAUAUAAUUUAUUUCAAUUAUAAUGGUACUCAAGCCCAUAGUGAUCCUUCAGCUUCAUUCUCACUUUUUAUUUUAAAUAGUAAUACCACAGAAUCUAAUAUAGUUUUCGAUAGUUUAAAGUUUGCAACUUGGAAUUCAACAAUUUCAAAAUAUCAAAUUAAAUUUACAGUUCUUGCAAACACUAGACCUGGUCCACUCAGUUUCUUUUUAAUGUGUGGUUAUCAAUCUUCAAUAACAAAUGAUAUGUUUCCUUUAUCAUCACAACUAUUUAUUGUUUCUAAACAUUUCGAUGCGUAUGGACCAAUAUUUAGUAAUAUUGAAAAAAUUAAUUCACCAAAUGAAUUUGGUUGGAAAUUUACAAUAGAUGAUCCAAUUAAUGGUUUUGAUUAUGGUGAUAUUAUAGUGAGAGGUGAAAUGGAUAGUUCAACUUAUAAAUUCCAUUUAACAACUCAAAAUUUAACAAGAGGUGAUAAAUUUAAUGGUGAUUAUCAAAUUAAUAUAACUUUACCAAGUAAAUGUGCAUCUCAAAAUUAUAUUAUCACACAAGUUAAAUUAUAUGAUACUCAAGGCUUUUCAGGUGAAUUUUAUGUAGUUGGUGAAAUGGAUGGUAUUAAAAAUGUAUUUAUAAAUUAUUUAUCAGAUCCAACAAUAAAUAAAGUAUAUAAAACAUGUAGUGGUGAAAAUGAUGGUAUCGAUAGUUCACCACCAAUUUUAACUUCAUUCAUACCAAUAUUAAAACAAAAUAGUGAUGGUACUCAAUACUUAUCAUUCAACUUUGAAGCAGUAGAUAUUGAAAGUGGUUUAAAAGAUAAACAAUAUCCAGUUGUUUAUAUUGAAACAAUAGAAGUACAAACACUUGAAUGUGUAUCAUCUAUUAUUUCAAUAAACGAAACAGCUGCAACCUAUACAUGUACUAUCGAUUUACCAAUAGGAUUUGGAUACAAUUCAGAUAUUAUUUUCAGUGUUUAUGGAUUCAUUAAUAAUGGCGGUUAUUAUAGCGGAUAUUCAAGCGAAUCACUAAAUAAUUUAUCUUUUAUAUAUACAAUUAAUAAUAUAACUUUUAAUAAAGUAAUACAAAUCACAAAAUGCAGUAAAUUUAAUUCAUUUGAUAGCGAGUUAUGGAUAACAGGUAGAUGUUUCAAUUCAACGCAACAAGUAUAUGUAAAAUAUGAAGGAGACUCAAGCUUUAAUCAAAUAGUACCAACUACAGUUUAUUGGAGUGCAAUUUUUAUUAAAAAUAUUAAACCAACCGAUAAACCAUUCAUUAUCAAAGUUUCAGACCUACCACUCACAUCAAAUGAAUUCACUGUCAAUCCAAUAGUUUAUAAUUUUAUAGAUCCAACACCAACACAAACACCAAUACCUACAUCAUCACCAAUGCCAACGAAUAAACCACAAACAUGUUUAGGUGAACCAGUAUGUGGUGGAUCAAAACAAGGUUUUUGUUCAUCAAGUGGAUGUAUUUGUUAUCCACCUUGGAUUGGUAAUGAUUGUAAUUCACAAGUUAUAAUUAUACCACAACCAUCAACAAAUACAUCACAACCAUCAACUGAAUUACCAAUUAUCGAUAACAAUAAUCAAACAUCAAAUAGUACAAAUUAUUUAUUCAAAUCAUUGAUUUCAAUUGUAUCAUUAAGAGAAUUAGAUUUUAAUUCAAAUCAAGUUAAUUUAUAUACAUUUGAUAAAUGGAUUUAUACACCAAUUAAUAAUAUUAAAAGUCAAUACUUUACAAGUAUUCAAAGUGGUGAUACAAAAUCAACAAAUACAUUAACAACCAAUAUUACUGUAACUUUAGAAUGGUUCAAUCAAACGACAAUUAUUCAAUUCGCAAAUAAUAAUAUAACAAUGAAUCCAUCAAGUAUUAAAUAUACAAUUGAAAUUACAGAAUAUAAAUUUUUAAAACAAUUAAAUAGUCUUCAACUUGUAAUGUCAGCAUUAUUCGAAUCAUCAACUUCCAAAGAUACUUGUUCAUUAAAAGUAUUUGGAGAUACAAGCGAUGGUGAUAAUUCAAACUUCUUUAAAAUUCAAAUUGAUGAUCAUUCACUUUAUGGUAGAUUCAUUAAAAGAGCAAUCAUCGAUUCAAAAGUGUCUUCAAUUGAAAAUCAAUUAUUAGAUUCAAAAAUGAACUCAAUUCAAACAUCAUCAGUAUCACAAUCAUUCAUUGGUAUUACAAUACCAAACUAUAAACAAUCAAUAAUUAUUGAUCCAGACUUUUCAGUAUUAGUAGAUAGUAAACCAGUAUCAAAUAAUGAUAAUAAUUCAAUUUGUACAUCAAAUAAAUCAAAACUAACAAGUGCUCAACUCGCUGGUAUUAUUAUUGGUUCUAUUGCUUUUGCCACUGUAGUUAUUGUAUCAGUUGUUUACUUGGUUGUGAAAAACAGAAAAUCAAAAAAAUUCCAAAGAAAAGUACAAAAGAAAUUACAAACAAUUAACUGA